AUGGAAAACGAAUCUUUCUUGAACAGGUUCAGAUGUGCUAUAAUUGAACCUGUGCGAUUCGCAUUUGGGAUGUGGUCAAUAAACGAAGAUUUGAAUAAGAUUUGGGCUCAGACUGGCGUGGAUACUGUCAUCAAUACUUACGAGAUAAUCAAGAAUUCUUUGUUUUUGGUCAAUACUUUUUUCGGAUUUGAGGUGCCACACCCAAUGUCUCCACUUAUUCAGGAAAUAGGACCGGUGAUGCAAGAUGAAUACCCAAUUCUUACGCCAAAUCUCUUAUCAUUUGUUUCCACUCACAAAAAAUUCUAUACGUCUCCAUUAGUGAUGAAUUGUAUACUUCCUCGGAAAAUAAUGUUAUUCUCUUACAAACAUGCACGGAGGCCAUUCAACAAAAAUCAUAAUUUGAUGAGAUUCUCCUCAAAACCAUUACUCUUUCCGAUGGGGCAUCACUUUUCUACCACCGGAAUUUUAUCCAACCAACACCCUGACAUUCUGGUCUCCAGAUUCACCUCACAAUUUUCAGUACUGAACCACACAAAUGUUAAGAUAUUUAAUAAUGCUGAGAAGUUGGAAAGAUUGGGUGUGGGUUUGACAAUUAAUAGAUUAAAUUUAGAUGUGAAAGAUAUCUUGAGUAAUAUUAAGUUAUUGCUCGCGGAUCAAAGUAUACAGAAUAAUCUAAAGAAGACAAAAGUAUUAGCAAGGAUUAAUAGCAAAAGAAAAUAUAGAGCAGCAUAUUUGAUUGAAUAUGUAAUGCGUGCACUGACAUUAAAUCUUAAUUAUAGUUUGGAUGUUGAUGGGGGCGAGAUCGGAGGUGGGAGAAAUAACGAAGGGUUAUUAAAAGAGUGGACUGCUCCAGAGAUGAGGAUGGGUUUGUUUAGAGGAAAAUAUUUUGAUAUUUAUCUAAGUUUUUGGAUGGGAUAA